CUCUAUUUUGAGAAACACCAUUUGUGAAUGGGAAAGCACGUGGGCUUACUACGCCCACGUGCUUCGGGCAAUUCUCAUUGAAUGAAACAUUUAAUUGUAGUGAUACAUUUACACGCCUGUAAGAAAUUAGAUGACGAUAAGAUCAAACACCUGAAAAAUUUCCCAAAUUGUCCUGAUUUAAAAGGACUCUUACAGAUCUAAAAUUUAUUAUUCAGAAAGAUUCGAAACAAGGAAACAUGAUGUACUUCAGGGGAUUUAUCUUGAUAUGCUUGGCUAGUUUAGUUGCAUGUGACGUAGCCUGUUAUCGUGAAAAUACAGAGAAGUGUCAAAAAGAAUGGAGUGAAAAACAUCAGGAGGAGAUGCACUCAUUUUGCCCAUCUGCACCAAAUAUGACUGCGUGCAUGGUUAAAUCUGCUUCCCAGUGUCAAACUGGUUUUGAGGAUGAAGCUGCACAAGCACUUCUAGUACAAGUGUUAAUAUGUAAUCCCCUUCAUGAUUACAACAAAGCUGUAAUGGAGGACAAAAAUUGUAGCUUUGACACUCUUAUUGCUUCAAGAACUUGUGAUAUGCAAAAAGAAGGUGGUUUAUGCAA